CCAUCCUUUCUCUUCAGACCUGCAAGAAAAUAAAAAUAAAAAGUAACAAAAGUAGCAAGAAAUAAGAAAAGAAAAAAACCUUCCAGGUCUCAACUAAAAAUGGAGAUGAAGAAGAUUGCCUGCGGAGUUCUUUUCGCUGCUGCCUCCAUGACCGCCGUCAUGGCUACAGAGGUUGGAGCUCCUGCACCAGGACCCGCCGCAAGCGGAGCCUCCGUAGCCGUACCGGCUCUUGGCUCAUUGGUUGGAGCUUCCCUUGUGUCUCUCUUCACCUACUACUUAAACUAAAUUAAUCUUAUACAAAAAAAUUGAUGCCCAUGUCUGAUUUUGUACGUGUUUAGACAGGCAAAGUGAAUAAGACGGAAGACGAAUACUUUUGAUUAUGGUCAGAUAAACUUUAUGUAAUGCUGAUUAAUAAAUAUACGUUCUUCUCUUCCU